UGGCAAAGAUUCCUCUCCUUUACCCCUUUUCCUUUCCUCUCUCAUCUCUCACUUUCUCUCUCUACCCACAAACCCUAAAACUCUGUGACACCCAGAACCCCAAAUUACCCAUCACAAUCCAGCUAUGGUUCUACUGAUCCGGCCUUGACCCACUAUUCCUCUCCCAAGAUUUGAUAAAGUCGGUCUCUUUAAACAUGGGCUGCACGAGCUCCAAGCUCGACGACCUCCCCGCGGUGGCGCUCUGCCGCGAGCGGUGUAGCUUCCUCGACGAGGCGAUUCAACUGCGCCACGCUCUCGCCGAUGCCCACAUCGGUUAUAUUCACUCUCUCCGCGGCAUCGGCCAGUCUCUCACUCAUUUCAUCGAGCAAGAGGCCGGCAAUUCCUCCGGCGAGCCUUCUUCUCCCACUCUUAACCUCCCUCCGGUUCGGAAAGGCGUCGCCGCGAAAUCCUCCUCCCCGCUUCACUCACGCUCCAAUUCCGGCUCCCACCUCCACUUCCAUUCCGAUUCCGACGACGACUCACUCGGCUCUCUCCACCAUUCCGACCACUCCUCGCCGCUGCAUCUCCACGGCGGUCAUAUGGACUACAUGGACAGCAGCGUUGGUCUCGACCCGUACCCGCCGCAAGGGUAUAUGAACAUGAACAUGAACUACAUGAGGAACAAAGCGACGCCGUCUGUGGUGUACCAGCAAAAACCCAUGAGAUCAGAGAACGUGUACCACAUGGGUGAAUCGUCCAAUUCGUCUUACUAUCCUUACUCUUACCAAGACGGCGGCACAAAGCCGCCGCCUCCGCCGCCUUCGCCGCCGAGAGCUUCGGCCUGGGAUUUUAUAAACCCGUUUGAAAGCAUAGAGAGGUACUACUCGGCGUACACGCCGAGUAGGGACUCGAGGGAGGUCAGAGAAGAAGAAGGGAUUCCUGAUUUGGAAGAUGAGGACUACAACGGCCACGGCCACCGCAACCAGUACCAGCAGGAAGUGGUGAAGGAAGUUCACCGAGAGCAUCACAAGGAAGGGAAGCAGCAUCAUCAUUCUUCGAAAGCUGUUGAGGAGGAGGAGGUGGCUGAAGCUCAGGCCUCGCUGUACCAGACGAGGCCGAGUGUAGAGAAUGUAGGUGGGGUGGAGUAUGAGGUCCAUGUGGUGGAUAAGAAGGUUGUGGAUGAGGAGGAGAAGCGUGAGGACCACCGAAACUCCGGUGGAGGCGGUGGAGGAUUCAAGCUGGGGUCUCGGGAUGCUUUUGAUGUGGCUAGAGAAAUUCAGGCUCAGUUUCAGAGAGCUUCCGAGUCUGGAAACGAAAUCGCGAGGAUGCUGGAGGUGGGAACACAUCCUUACAAUCGAAAACAUGUUACUUCCAAGAUGUUAUCACUUGUGUCGUCGCAACCUUCUACUUCCAACAGUGUCGAGGCAUCAUCCUCUGAGGCUGGUCCUGCUCAAUUGGGUUUCGAUGAAGAACUGAUGAUGAGGUCAAAAAAUCUGUCAUCUACGUUGCACAAGCUCUAUCUUUGGGAGAAGAAGCUGUACAAUGAAGUCAAGACCGAGGAAAAGAUGCGGGUAGUUCAUGACAGGAAGUGUCGUAAGCUGAAGCGUUUAGACGAAAAGGGAGCAGAAGCCCAGAAAGUAGAUGCAACUCGAACUCUAAUAAGGAGCUUGUCCACAAAAAUAAAAAUUGCGAUUCAAGUUGUGGACAAGAUAUCUGUGACCAUAAAUAAGAUCAGGGAUGAAGAAUUAUGGCCACAAUUGAACGAAUUAAUUCACGGGUUAACCAGGAUGUGGAAAUCUAUGCUUGAAUGCCAUCGUAAUCAGUGCCUAGCAAUCAGAGAAGCCAGGGGUUUAGGUCCUAUUGGAUCUGGAAAGAAGCUAAGUGAUGCUCACGUUGAUGCUACAUUGCAAUUUGAGCAUGAGCUUGUUAACUGGACUUUCAGAUUCUCUACAUGGAUUAGUGCUCAAAAAGGUUAUGUGAGAGCUUUGAAUAACUGGCUUUUAAAGUGUCUCCUGUAUGAACCUGAAGAAACAGCAGAUGGAAUAGUACCCUUCUCACCUGGUAGAAUAGGUGCACCUCCUGUUUUUGUAAUUUGUAACCAGUGGUCACAAGCUUUGGAAAGGAUUUCAGAAAGAGAGGUGGUCGACUCUAUGCGUGUUUUUACCAUGAGUGUGCUUCAGAGUUGGGAACAAGGUAAGCUUGAAAUGCGUCAAAGAAUGACAGAAAAUCAAGAUCUGCAAAAGAAAUUUAAGAACUUGGAUAAGAAGGACCAAAAGCUUCAGAAGGAGAUUCAAGCGUUAGACAAGAAAGUGGUGCUAGUCUCGGGGGAUGUUGACUAUCCCUCAGUUACUGGUGGACAGAUAGUAUAUCAAAGUGAGACUAGAAAUAGUACUUUACAGGCUAGCCUGCAACGAAUUUUUGAGGCCAUGGAAAGGUUUACGGAGGUCUCCACAAAAGCUUAUGAGGAGCUUUUGCAAAGCAGUGAAGAAGAAAGGCUUGCUGCCGCAGGGAAGCAUGAAAGAGUUUCAUAAGGAUGUUUUGUGUGAUGGAACACUGACCAUUCCUUUUAACAUGGAGUUCAAGAAUUCAAUCCCUGGAGGAAAAAAACGUUUCACUUUGUUCUUGCCAUUUGAUGGGUUGCUUCAGCUAAAUUAAUGCUGCUGGAAGAAAGCCAUACAUCGGGGUGGCUUAUAUUUCGGAGAUACUUGCACGCUGAAUGCUGGAGGUCAAGUAUUAUCUGGGUUUACUCCUUAGAGUUUUAGUUUAAUGAGACAACCAGUACAGUUCAUGGACAAUUUACAGAAGCAGCCACUUGGGGUAAAAUUUUAUUAGGCAAGCACAUGAUGAACUUAUUGCCGUUAAUCCAACUUGGUCGGACUGCCUGACAAGAAAUGAUUCCAAACCAAGUAUCGCAUGUCGCUACACUGACUUGUAGAAUUGCAUUACCACUGCUCCAUGAAUCGAUUGAAGUGUACUUUCAUGAAAUCGUAAGGAGGCUCAUUGCUGACAUAAAAAUUGCAAUCUGGCUGGCAGCAUUUGAGCGAUGCAUGGAAAGAGACCAAGAGGAGCUCCACUUUCACAAACCAAAAGUAGGCAGAAGUGCACAUCUGGCCCAAAUAAUUCAAGUAAGCGGACGUCCUUUUCAAUUUUGUAUGAUGAUUAGUUUCAGUGUAGGGGAGUGACGCAAGUCCCAUCUAUGCCCAAGAAUAGUUAGAUAUUUGUAUAAUAUUUAUAAUUCUUUUCAUUGUUCAUUUUUUCCAGUAUUUCAUUUAUAUUAAUUAUUGUACAGAGAGAACCUUUGGCUUCGACCUUCAAUAACAAAUUGCACCAAAU